AUGAGCGAGAACAUUGCCGAUGGCAUUGCCAGUGGCUCAACUACUCUCAAUAUCGCACCAAACACUGCAGAUCUCAAGAGGAAACGCGAGGAUAGCACUGCUUCCCUAGCUCUACCACCGGAGCCUAGCGUGACAUUCCAUGUCCGCAGCGAAUCGCGACAGACCCCCCAGUCUUCAUUCCUAUCAUACGUAUGGGGCACCGGCCUUGACUCUGAUUGCGUAUCAUGUGGAAAACAUUUCCUUCCCGACGGGGAACCUCCGAUACGAACCAUAACCGCUGGAACCAGUAACUCACAACCGUCCGUCAUUGAUAUUACUCAGGAGCCAGUAUCACCAUGGAAUCUGAGAAUAUUGAACAGACAUAUGUCUUGUAUAAAGGCUAAAAGAGUCAACUAUGUCCCCAUUUCUCAUGCCUGGCACCCCACGGUAGCCACCGCGCAGGACCUGCGUCUAGAGAGCAUUGACGUUUCUAGGCUGGUUUACCAAAUAACAUCCAAGACCCUCCUUGCGCUUACCGCUAAGUUUCCCGGUUGCGAAGUCUGGCAUGACUACUUGAGCGUUCCGCAAUGGCGCCCCGAGGUUCAGCAACGGCUCCUCCUUCUGAUACCGGAAAUAUAUAACCAUGCCGCGAAAACAUUGAUCCAUCUGGACGACGUCAGGGCAACCCAUCUCUCAGGCCAGGUCAAGGAUUCUUCCUACGAUAAAUUUAUCGUUGAUCUUGCAGCCAUUAUUCGGUCUCGAUGGUUCGAUCGCAUGUGGGUGACACUGGAGUACAUUCAGAGCAAUGAUGUCCUCAUUCUCACCGAGGAUUACACGGUUUGUGAUGCUUAUGCCAGGGAUGUAUGUCAUCAUCUAGACACUGCGCACUCAAAAUGGGUCAAGAAACGAAGCAAUUCGAUUGUCACAGAGGACAUAUGGAAGCAAAAUACGACUCUAAAAAGGAUGACUUCAUGGAUAGAUAUGGAGGCAUGGAAGAAUGAGCACGAUAUGCAUAGAACUCUUGGGUGGGCAAUCGGAAUUCUAGGUCAUAGGAGGUGUCAGUAUACAAGAGACUACUUCUUGGCUCUAGGAAAGAUGCUUAAUUUCCGACCGGAGCAAGAUCCUCUUGUUCUCAUCGAGAAUCGCUUUGUAUACUUCUUUUCUCUCGCGACAUAUGCGCUGCAACAGGGCGAUCACUCCCCCUUAUUGUUCAUCCCGUCGCCAGGUGAAGAAACGGACCCUCGAGCACCGUGGCUGCGUGGAUACUCGACAGGAACAUGGAAGCUCUGGGAUAUGGGCAGAUGUCAUAGGAAAGCGACCUCUCAGUCAGUUAUUCGGGACGGCAAGAUCCAGCCCAAACUCCAAACGGUUGGCGUCAUUGAGACUUUUGAGUACUACAACUUCGGAGGAGAUGCGGAAUCGGUCGUGGACUAUGUUUUAUCCAAGGUAGUCCGGGCUAGUGGCCAGGAUCCACAAGCUCUAUGUGAAGCUAUGGAUCGCAUAUUCCCCCGGAGCGAAGAGAAAGCAUACAACAUGGAAUGGAAAGACGUAAAGACAGUAAAUUUCUCUUCUUCAACAGUUAAGUAUGACCUGGAUAAGAUACAGGGACAUUUGAAAAAGUACGGGCCGUUGUUGGAGGUAAAACCAGGGCAAGAGGUAACUCAGCAGAGAUUAGAGAUUGCGAAGAAGUUGAUUAGGGUCUUGAAGCUGAGCAAGGAAGGCAAGCUCGCACGGGAGUCACGGCUGGAGCUUGCAGCAGGAGAAGCAGAUUGGUUCCUGCGAGAGUACAGUACACCAAUGGAAGGCAUCAGUCAGAUCAGAUGUAAGAUUUGUGGGCGGCGGUCUGUGUUCCGACUGGUCAUGUGGGGAGAGCCUACCCCAGACGUAGCCCAAGUUUAUAGAAUCCCUGGGUUGCUUUAUGAUGAGAAUGUCCCUGAUGGUAUCGGUAUUGUGGUGGAGCGCGAUAUGAUCAUUGGGAAGAUGAUAUAUGGGACGCCGGCUUGUGGAUGCUGUAAGUUCGAGUUUGUUGAAUUAGGCUCAGCAACUCUUUAG